CAGCCCCGUACCGUACGUCCUCUCCCCCCCACUCCAACACACGCAGACAGACACACAGGAGCCACGCGACCGACCAACCGCCUGGUCCUCUCCCCCGCGCGAUCCAGCCCACCGACGACGCGCGGGGCGAGCCCUAACCCGCGCGCGGAUCUGGGAGCUGCCGCGGGCGGCGCUCCCUCCCAUGGUCCCCCGCCGCGCCGACGGGGCGCGGCGCCGCUGAGAUGCGGGGCGACGCGCCGCCGCCUACCGCGCCAUCGGCCUCCUCCUCCUCCGCCUCCCCCUCCCUCUUCGGCGGCGGCGGUGGCGAGCUCUUCGAGUCGGGGCCCUCGCCGCUCGUCUUCCUGCCCCUGCUCCUGAUCCAGGGCGGCGGCAUGGACCUCUCCCGCGUCGGCGAGAGGCUCCUCAGCUCCGUCCGCUCCGCGCGCUCCCUCGGCCUCAUCCCCCCGACCCCAGCCCCUGCCCCUUCCCGCCCCGAGGUUCCAGCUCGAGCUGCUGCAGCCGCGGCCGCUGCGCGCGCGAUCGCCGGGCUGCCACCACACGAGAGGAUCAACCUGCCGUCCAAUUCGGAGGACCUGGUCUCGAUCUACGGGAGCAACCCGCAGGGGCCAGCCGUUGAUGAGCUCGAGGAGGUGUUCUAUGAGGAGGAAUUCGACCCCAUAAAGUACAUUCUGGCAAAUAUUUCGGAAGGAGCUGGUGACGCCACCUAUUUCGAUAAGCAGUCUACUUUGAGAUUAGCGCAGCUCGACAAGAUUGCAGAACGAUUGUCUCAUCAUGUUAUGGGUCACCAUGAAGAAAUGGUGAAGGGGAUGCAGUUAGUGAUGGAGUUAGAACAAGACUUAAAGGUUGCAAAUGUGAUCUGCAUGAACGGUCGAAGGCACAUAUCCUCUUCCAAGAAUGAGGUGUCAAGGGAUCUGGUUGUCAAUGUAAAAUCAAAGAAAAAACAAGCUUUGUUGGAUGUUCUUCCUGUUCUUACAGAACUUCGACAUGCUCAAGAUAUGCAAAUGGAGCUAGAAACUUUUGUUGAGAAAGAAAAUUACUUUCAGGCAUUUCAAUUAUUACCAGAGUAUCUGCAAAUCUUGGAGAACUAUUCAGGCCUUUCCGCCGUACAAGAAAUGGGACGAGGGAUUGAGGCAUGGUUAGCAAGGACAAUCAGAAAGUUGGACAACCAUUUACUGGGAGUUUGUCAGACCUUCAGUGAAGAAAGCUAUCUAACCGUGAUUGAUGCAUUCGCAUUGAUGGGUGACAUUGGUGGCAUGGCUGAAAAGAUGCAGAGUUUCUUUUUGCAAGAAGUACUCUCUCGAACACAUAUUGUCCUGAAGGAAAUGUUGGAAGAGGAGGUGGGAAAUAAUACACAGAGAAAUAGAUUUACAUACAGUGAUCUUUGUGUUCAAGUUCCUGAGUCCAAACUCCGCUCCUGCUUGUUAAAAACUCUUGAGAGCAUAUUUUCGUUGAUGCGGUCAUAUUAUGCUAUUAUGAGCUUUUGCCCAGAAGCAAAGAAUAACACGUCUAAGAGUCCAAGUGGAACUUCAGCUGAUACAGGAAGAAGCCAUUCAAGUGCAGUAGUCAAUCAGGAUGAUGUUGCUGCCACGAAGAGCGACAGGAUGCCAUCUUCUGUCAGUAAUCCUGAUGCUAGCACAUCAGGAACAGAUGCUCCAUUCUAUCAACUGAGGACAGAUGCUACAAAACUUGUUAAAUAUACAUUUGAAAGGGGCCGGAGAAAUCUUUGGCAACUGGCAACAAGUCGCCUGUCUGUUUUACUGGCUUGUUCAGCUGUUUCUUCAACUAGCAUAUACCAAUUUCUGAAGAACUAUGAAGAUCUCACACUAUUUAUUCUGGCCGGUGAAGCAUUUUGUGGGUUUGAAGCUAGCGAAUUCCGACAGAAGCUGAAGACAGUCUGUUUGAACUACAUAGUGACCUUUCACCGGCAAAAUAUAUACGCACUUAAAAUGGUACUGGAAAAGGAAUCUUGGACAAUAAUGUCUGCUGAAGCUAGUCAGAUAAUUAGUUUAGCAGGACUUACUGGUGAUGGCGCUGCACUGAUUUCGCCUACCAGUGGUAGUUCUACCUUGCCAAAAGAUUAUUUCCGUGGAAAUUCUACCGCAACCAAUACAGGAAGGCAAAACAAUGGAUUUGCUUCCUGGCAUAAUAUGGGGAACCCAUUUUCUUUCAAGUUAGAGAAUGGCUCCGCGGAAUCCCCCAAGGGCAAUGUGCUGUUCAACUCAUCAGUUGGCAAUGGAAAUAAUUCACCAUUUGAUGAAGAGAAUGAAGACCUUCUUGCUGAUUUCAUUGAUGAAGAUAGUCAAUUGCCCAGUAGGACAUUGAAAACAAAAAUUGUGAAAGGCAAUACUUCACGUUGGAAAGAUGGAGACAUUUCAUCACAGACAGGAUCAUCACUUUCUUUAUUAAGGAUGAUGGAUAAAUAUGCUAGACUUAUGCAAAAGCUGGAAAUGGUCAAUGUUGAGCUUUUUAAGGGCAUGUUCCAACUUUUUGGCAUCUUUUAUCACCACAUAUAUGAGACAUUUGGGUACCAGGACAGGAGUCAAAGUGGCAAGCCACUACCUGAUUCUCAAUCAUUUCGGCUUAAAGCGGCUUUAUCAAAAAUAACACAAGACUCUGAUCAGUGGAUUAAACCACAGAACAGUUUGUAUCCAUCUUCAUCAUCUUUAUCAAUUGGUUCAACUAUUGCCCAAAUGGAUGUGAUGCCUACUGCGCCCCCAAGCUCAAUGUUCACCUCCUAUGGGUUAAAGGAGAGAUGCGCAGCUGCCGAAACAGUAUCACUGGUUGCUCGAGUUUUGAACAGAUCUAGAGCCCAUCUACAUUCUGUGUUGUCUCAAAAUAAUACUUCUGUUGUUGAAGAGUUUUUUGGGACAUUGGUGGACACCGUUCCAGACUUGGCUGAGCACAUUCAUAGAACAAGUGCACGGAUGCUUUUGCAUAUCAAUGGGUAUCCGGAUAAGAUAGCAAAUGCCAAAUGGGAGGUCAAGGAGCUUGGCACAGACCACAAUGGUUACGUUGAUUUAUUAUUGGGCGAGUUCAAACAUUACAAAACAAGAUUGGAUCAUGGAGGAAUUUCUAAGGAGCUCCAACACCUCUUGCUGGACUAUGGCAUAGAGAGCAUUGCAGAAGUGUUAGUUGAAGGGCUGUCUAGAGUGAAAAGGUGCACUGAUGAAGGGCGUGCAUUGAUGUCACUUGACCUUCAGGUACUGAUCAAUGGGCUGCAACACAUAGUAUCGUCAAAUGUUAAGCCGAGGCUGCAAAUUGUGGAAACUUUCGUGAAGGCUUAUUAUUUGCCAGAGACGGAGUAUGUCCACUGGGCACGGUCUCAUCCAGUAAGAACUCGGAGAAUCUUACUAGAAGCUCAUUUUAAACUAGAAGAUGCAAAUAAUUUACACCCUCUAUCGCUGCGUAACUCUGUAGGAAUACAGCAAGAGCCAGGUUGUCGGGCUGGUUAACCUGGUGGCCACCAUGAAAGGAUGGAAAAGGAAAACGAGGUUAGAAACCAUUGAGAAGAUUGAGGCAGCGUCGUAGGUGAAGGCGGUGGUUUGUAACCGUUUCAUUUUUGUUUGCUCCAGCUGCAUAUAGAGCUGUUUUCCUCUUAUAUUUUGGUCCGCAUCAAUAUUGUCAAUUCUUUCAACCUCUUUCCAUUUUGAUGAUGCUACCACCAUUAUCUUUCCUUGGUGUAUAUUUAUGGGACAAGAGCCUUGUAUCAUAGUGAUUUAGCUGGGUUAGCAACCAGAAGCGAACGAACAGUACAGUGCUGUAUGUACACCGUAUAUGAACGAGCGUUGGCUCAAUAAAUGUGAAAUCAAAUCAUCAUCCAGUUA